AUGUCCGCACCUACCUCACUAACCCCUACCUCCUACAUUACCUCACUUGCAUCCGACUUGAUCACCUCGUGCUACAACUUGCUGCACAGCCGCGACAUUCUCAAUUCUCUCACCACUCUCUUGGGCCUACAUCUGAAUACGAGUGUCUGGAAGACGUUGGACGUCAAGCAUCUUGCGAUGUACUACCUCGGAACUGAGGGGUGCGAGCAGGCCGCGCGGCUUCUGAUCGUCAAGAUUCAGGACCAGGAGAAGGAGGAGAUGAGGAAUGCUUUGGAGCCGACUCGGCCACCGGAACCACCAGCCCCUCAGAUUGUGGUCCCAGCCGCAAUGCCUGAAGUCAAGGGAAAGAGAAUGCCAGAAUUGACCUCCACGGAUUCCAAUGUAGUCUCGAAGACCCGGAAAAGAGUGUGCAAGAAGUUGUCGGAAUCAUCGGAUUCAUCUCCGGAGAGAAGAAGAAAAGCGACGAUAGUACUCGAACGCGUGGGACUUCUGCUUUCGGAUAGUUCCUCGCACGAAUCGGACUCUGAAUCCAAAAAGAAGACCCCAAGCCUGCCACAGUCCUCGCCGGAUCCGAGCCCUCCACCCGCAAAGGGCUGGGACAAAGAUCAGAAGGUUGUCGUGUCCCCACAGGUGUUCAAGCCAAAAGUUCCGGAAAAUGAGAUCAGAAAAGUCGAGUCCAACGUCUCUAGACCGACUCCAAGUCCUCGUCCCGCCGAGAUCGGAAAAGCAGCGGCUCCUCCUGCCCCACGAGCCUCGGCAGUGCCUCCAAUCUCUGCUAGGCCCACGAUGAAUCGCAAAGUUAUCCAACCUCCGAAAGCCUUCCCAUUUGCUGCUCACUACCCGCCUAAGGACAGAAGCAUCAUGAGCGCAGAGGAGAAACAACGAACUUACGAUUCACGAUUCAGGUAUCAGUACGAGCCGCGCACCGAGAAAAAAAUUCCGAUGAUCGGUCUAAACGGCAAGGAUGCCAACCCGGUACUUCCGAAAUACAAGCCAAGAGAAUCUAUGGAAACAUCUAAAAGCCGGCCAGAGCAUCGAGUUCAUCAAAAAAGUGAGAAAUGUCAAUGUUCUAGUGGUAAUAUCGUCUAUUCAGAAGAACUGGAGCCGGGAGAAGUCACAGACGACGAAGACGUGUUUUCGGAAUGCACUCCGUCUCCGGAAAAUUGCGGAAAGCAAUUCGAGGGCCGUGGAAAAGAAGGUAUUUAGAUAAAUUGUAUCGAAAAAUCGAUGCGCCAUGGUAAAAAACCAGAGUAAAACACCGUGUUUUCGCCAAAAUUCGGUCAUUUUCCACAUUUCUCACCCGACUUUAUAGAAACAAAUGCUCUUUUUAGCUGUGAUCGGACAGAAGCGCGUCUCCCAUACACCAUUGAAAAACGAGACGCUUGCCGGUCAGUUUUUCGGGUGAAGUGUCGUGGAAAAAAUAGAGUUUUCUGAAAAGUCAAUUAUGUUUCCAGGGGUGACGUGCAUUUUGAAAUUAUAUUUUUGCUGUUCGACAACUGCGAACAUAAUUGAUUUUUCAGAUAAUUUUUUUCUUCACUUUGAACUGAAGCUCUAGUCAAUUCUGAGCUUUAGAAGCGGAAGAACGCAAAAAAGCGCAGGAAAAGUACGCUGCCGAUUUUCCGAAACUGAUCAGUUUAUCGAUUGACGAACUUGAAGAAUACCUGGAUAAAAACCCGGAAAUAGCCGAGUAUGCCGACCCGUUAUUCGCGCGAAGUUGCAUGAAAAAAUGUGGAAGCGGAAAUGAUUUUGAGAAGGUGGGCACUUGGAGGAAUACCUAUAAAAUGAUGAACAAACACGGGGUCGUGACGAGUACAUCGAAAACUAAAAUUUGAUCUUCCGCCGACGGUCGAUUGCGUAGCGCCCCUAUCUAAAAGCAUUAGGCCAAAGCAAAAUUUUUGAAAAUUUCAGUAGAGCGCACUUGCGCCAGUGUACCCCGCGACGACUCUGUGAACAAAUGUAGGUGACUACUUCUUUUUUUUGAAUUUUUUUUUGAAAUUUCAGGAGCGACAAUGAAGAAUUCUUUGGUUUUCCAAUCAACUCGCCGAAAAAUUACCUAAAUUCCAUGUUUCCUUUGUUAUUUUUCCCUGUGCAAUUCGUCCCCAAAAAAUAAACGUUGUUCGUCGAAUCUAGCGCCAAGUCUGCAAACAGCGCAUCUCACGUCAAGAACAGUAACCCAAAGAAUGCAAAAUCACUCGAGAAAAUGCUCGAAAAAGUCACGUCGUUUCUGCACGCGAGAUGUCUCCACUGCGGCGUCGUUCGGCAGACUGUUCGCAUGAUUUCGGUGCCUCGGAGCGGCGAAAAUCGGGCGGUUUGGAUUUCCGAGCUCGGCGAGCGAUUCGCGCAACGGCUGGAGCUCGCCGAGCCGACUCGCGCCUACGUUUGCUACGCGCAUUUCGAGGACGACGAGGACCGAUUUAAAGAGGUGCAUUCAUCGAUCACACGGCGUGCACAAAGCGAAAUUUUGAAGCGGAAUUCAAUAUUUUAACGCAAAUUUUGUGUCUUUUGCAAAAUUCCCACGAAAAACUACGAAUUUCUCAUUUAUUCUCCGAUAGAGCAAUUGGAAGAGGAAAACGAAUUUUUUGGGCGCAAGACCGUCUGCAAAGUUUUUUUGCUGAAACUCCGUGAAUUUCUGUUGUUUUUUGGUAAUUGUGUUAUUCAAGCGCUCAAAAUGCGUGUGUUGAUAGUUUCAAAAAGCCAUUUUCGUCCAAGAACAUUAAAAAGGUGCAAAAUAACAAAUUUUGUUUUGCGGCGUCGAUCGGCGGCGGCAAAACGUCAGAAAUUUCAAGAAUUCUCCGAUUCUUUGCUAACUUUCCAUUUUUAAUCGCCUUUGACCACCAAAAUUGGGGGAAAGAAACAAUAAAGUUUUAAUGAUCUAAUAUCUUCAAACAGGCCUUCCAACGAAUCCGCCCGACGAUCCGUGUCCAAUCGGCGCCGUGGCGAACGCAAAAAAACAGGGCGUCGAAAAAGAAGACGUCGCCGACGGCGUCCGAUUCGGAUUUGGUGAUGUGCAGUCUGUGUGCACGGAUAACACCGCGAAAGAUGGCGACGCGCAUCGCCCGAUCCAGUGGCAAACAGGAGGAACCGUCCGAAACGACCGAAGGAUUCGAUUGGUUCGUGUGCCGUUCGCAUCUGGCCAAUCAGUCGGCCAAGGUUUACGGAAGUGCGCUCCAAUGCGAAAAAUAUCGAAAAUCUUACAGAGUAUCGUCAAAAAGUGCGAAAAUAUCUAUGAGAAGGUGUCUAUGGUGAGUUUUUUCAAUUUUGUUUGUUCUCACGUCAUUCUUUUUAUUUCUCCAUUGAAAACAAGCAGGCUUCUUUCCUAGUAA